AUGGGGGACACGAACGACAACGGACUCGUCAUCUUCGUUCGACGAGUCCCCGCGCAAUUCGGAGAGGCGGUUCUACGCAGUUAUCUCGAGCCGCACCUAGCCGCUUACGGUAUUCUGGCCGGCGAUUAUGAGCUUCAAAAGCCGAGCGAUAAGGGUGUCGCGAGUCUACACAUUGCAAGCACGCCGAAAGGCGAGAGAUUUCUGGCCGCCAUGGAGCAGCGGCCCGUGAAGAUGAGUAUUUCGCGAUUUCCCUUUGUCUUUGAGCGCCAUAAGAUACAAGACGGCGGAGCGACGAUUCGAGAUCACGAGUUCAUCGCUAGGGCCGUGGCGGAUGCUUCCAGGAAGCCCGAUUUGGCUGAUCAAAUGAAGUCUUUGGACCUCGACAAUCAGCCUCAGCAGCAGUUGCAACUACCAGAAGGUGAGAAGACAUUCCUGAUAAGCACCAUCCGCUGUGGUUAUUGGUGGUAUGAGAAGACUGGUUCUCCCGUCUUCGUGUCGGAGUAUAGCAGCAGCCAGCCUGGCAAAAUUUUAGUAGGCCAUCGCGCCAUAGUCGUUGUCCUUAGUCAAGCGACUUCACCGAGGUUGUGGGUUCGCCGCAUCGACUUUGAAUGGGACUUCAUCGACAUGAUUUACACGCAAAGAGGGGAUGAAGACAGCAUACUUAUCACCUGCAAAUAUGCGCCCAGGAUGUUCUCGAGGAACGAAAUGGACGUGCUCAUGUCGUUCCUGUCGUCCAAGAACCAAAACUCACGCAACAAGAUGCGGAUCUCAAUGCUUGACCCAGCGCACGGUAAGGUUGCCGGUACAUGUCUUACGUAUGAAUUGGUUCUGCAAACAUCAAAGUCGAUACACACGAUCCGAAAGCUCAUCGAGCACAUGCCCAAUAGGCUGGCCACGAUGCGCACCAGAGUCAAAACUGUCGUUUCAAAAGCAAAAUACAAUGAUUCGCUGGCGAUCCUCGACCAGCAGCUGUCAAAGAGUCAACUCCCAUUCGUCGUCAAAUUUCAGGCCAUGAAGCUAGCUCUGAACGGCCAUCUGCCGCCCCAUACGAUAUGCAACGAAAUUAUAGGAAUUGCUAAGCAAGCACUGGCCAAGGGUCGCAGCAACAUACAUGUUGCUGAGGCGCUGCGCCAAUUAGAUCGUGACCUUCCGUGGCCGGGACCACAGACGCCGUACGUCGAGUUAAAGCAACAAGCCGUCGAGGGACUGCUUCAAAAGCUGAUGUAUGGGAGUCUGACAAACUCGCCGACUUACUGGUCGAUCAAGAAAAACGACAAUCUGGCACUAAUCCACCACGUAUCGCUCACUCCAGCAGGCGUGUAUCUAGACGGACCGGAUCCUGAGGUCAUCAACCGCGUGCUUCGCAGCUACCAGGGCCACACGGACAACUUCAUGCGCGUCACAUUCAGCGACGAGGAUGGCGACCCGUUGCAGUUCCGCUUCGACGUUGCCAACGAUCUCGUAUACGAAAAGUUUCAGCAGGUGCUCGACAACAGCAUCCCGCUGUGCGGCAAGAGCUUCGAGUUUCUCGGGUUCUCCCAGUCGUCGCUUCGCUCGCACACGGCCUGGUUCAUGUCUCCAUUUCCCCUCUCCAAGCACGGCGACGUCCUCACUCCGAAAGAAGCUAUCAGAAGACUGGGCGACUUCUCGCAUUUUCGAUCUCCGGCCAAAUGCGCCGCUCGGAUCGGGCAAGCAUUCACGGACACGAGCAAUUUCCUCACCGUCCGAGCGGCGGCCGAGGUCGAGAUACCAGACGUGGAGCGCAACGGCCGUGUCUUCAGCGACGGGUGUGGCACACUGUCCGAGGACCUGGCCUACGAGAUUUUCCUCAAGUACGACUCUCACGUGAUGCGCGUGCCUCCGACCGUCUUCCAGAUCCGCUUUCGAGGCUGCAAGGGCGUCCUUUCGGUCGACCCGAACCUGGGGGAGAGUCAGCUCCGUGUAAGACCAUCGAUGCGCAAGUUUCAGACGCCCGACGACGACACGCACAACCUGGAGAUCUGCGGAAUGGCGGACAAAGUGCGACCCCUAAGCCUCAACAGGGGUCUCAUAAAAGUGCUCGAGGACCUGGACGUGCCGCACGAGGGCUUCCUCCAGCUGGCCGAGGAAGAGUUGGAGCGGCUCCGCCUCUCGAUCAGAACCGUUGAGGCAGCAGCGAGGCUGCUGGAAGACGAGCAGGUCGGGACUUCGGCCGGCUUUCCGGACUUGCUAAGACGCAUGAAGCAGAUUGGCAUCGAUCUACGCAAGGACAGGACGUUGUGCGCGGUUGUGGAGAUGGCAGCCUUCUGUCGGCUGCGCGCUAUGAAGUACAAAGGUCGGAUACGUGUGCGAAAAGGGGUCAAGCUGAUGGGCAUCAUGGACGAGACGGGACUGCUGAAGGAAGGCGAGAUCCACGUGGCCUGGAUCGACGACGAUGAUGUUCGAGUGAUCCACACUGGCCUGGUCGCGGUAACUCGCUCACCGACGAUCCACCCAGGCGACGUACAGUUGGCAAAAGCAGUGGAUGUGCCUUUGGACUCGCCGCUAAGGAAACUGUACAACUGCGUCAUCUUCUCUCAACACGGCGACCGGGACCUUCCCAGCCAGCUGGGCGGAGGUGACCUGGACGGCGACUUGUACGACGUUUUUUGGGACCCGCGAAUCUUGCCUCGGACGGUGGCCCGGCCGGCCGAAUACGCUCGCCCAAGGCCUGUGGACGUUGGCCGUGAAAUCGUCACGGGGGAUAUCACAAAGCACUUUGUGGACUUCAUGAAGAACAACAACGUCGGGAUACUGGCCAACCAUCUCCUGGCCUUGUCGGACAGGACGGACGGGGGUACGCGGGCCAAGGACUGCGUCGGCAUUUGCGAGCUCAUCUCGACAGCGCUCGACUAUCCUAAGACAGGCGUCGUCGCCAACAUGAAGAGCAUGCCUCGCAUCGACAAGACGUGGCGACCCGACUUCAUGGCGCCCAGUCCCAAAGUCAAGAUAGAAAAGGCGCAGGACCCGCUGGCGAUUGCGUUUGACGACGCGAAGGACCCCAACAACCAAUACGGAGGUGAGCGAGCGGCACUCGAGGAUCCGGUCGCGGCGUUAGAUCCAAACGAGCGCAAGACACGGUACUACAAGAGCACCCGGAUCCUUGGCAAACUGUACCGGAUGGUGGACGAGCAGGGCUUCUACAAGGAGCUGCAGUCGCAGACGGCGGGCAAGCACAGGGGCGAAUCCGUGCUGCUGGCGGUGCUGAAGUACGCAAAGCGGGCCACGGUUGGAAUCGCUUAUGAGCAGCAUCUUCAGGCUGCGCGAGAGGUGCGGGAGAUGUACGAGGGGUGCGUGCACGACGUGGCGAAGCAGUGUACCGUGCACACGGCGCAAUCGCUGCACGAGCUGGAGGUGGUGACGGGUGCGGUGCUCGGCUCAGUGUGCGACCAGCGACUGCGCGAGCGGGCUAUGGAGAUGCGGGAGCGGGUCAGGCGCGAUUUGGCGUAUGUGCGCGAGCAGAUCCGCGGCGAUGGCGAGGAUGGCAACGCAGAGAGCGUGCCGCGCAGCUUGGCGUGCCUGACUGUGGCGCUGGAGGAUGGCGGAGGCCGGAAGAGGAAGGGGACAAUGUGCAGCUUUGGAUAUGUUGCUGCGGGAGUGUGCCUCGAGGAGAUUGCAAACUGGUACGGAGGGAGGCUGCCUGCUGUGUGA